AUGGAGGUCGACGAGCAGCAGGCGCUGCCUGAGCAGAUGCAGCAGGGCAACCAGCUCCAGAUGGUCCAGGGCGGCGUCGCCACGCAGGGAGGCCCCGGCUGGAAUCAGUCGACGUUUCCUAUGGAGCAAACCAUCAAGUUCAUGGUCUGUGGGAGCCUGUUCGAGUGCCCCGCGUACUACCAGCCGCUCAAGCCCAUCGGAAAGGGCGCGUACGGCGUCGUGUGCUCCGCGAAGAACGUCAUUACCGGCAAGGACGUCGCGAUCAAGAAGAUCGGGCGCGCGUUCGAGAAUGUGAUCGACGCCAAGCGCACGCUGCGCGAGAUCAAGCUCCUGCGGCACCUGGAGCACGAGAACGUCAUCCGGAUUUUAGACCUCUGGCCGCCCGCGGCGAUGGAGGCGUUCGCGGACGUGUACAUCGUGUACGAGCUCAUGGACACGGACCUGCACCAGAUCAUCAAAUCGAACCAGGCGCUCACGGACGAGCACUGCCAGUAUUUCAUCUACCAGGUCCUCCGCGGCCUCAAGUUCAUCCACACCGCCAACGUCCUCCACCGCGACCUCAAGCCCAGCAACCUGCUGGUCAACGCCAACUGCGACCUCAAGAUCUGCGACUUCGGGCUGGCGCGCGGGAAGGCCGACGCGGCGCAGGGCGAGUUCAUGACCGAGUACGUCGUCACGCGCUGGUACCGCGCCCCCGAACUCCUCCUCUCCUGCGCCGAGUACUCCACCGCCAUCGACGUCUGGUCGGUCGGGUGCAUCCUCGCGGAGCUCCUCGGCCGCCGGCCACUCUUCCCCGGCCGCGACUACCUCCACCAGCUCAACCUGAUCGUCAAGACCGCCGGGACGCCCCCCGUGAACGACCUGCACUUCAUCACCAACGACAAGGCCCGGCGGUACAUCGCGCUCCUCCCGCACGUGCCCCCGCGCGACAACUGGCAGGAGCUCUUCCCCGACGCCAACCCCCUCGCCACCGACCUCCUCGGACGCAUGCUCCGCUUCGACCCCGCGCAACGCAUCAGCGUCGAGGACGCACUCGCGCACCCGUGGCUCCGGAGCCUCCACGACCUCAACGACGAACCGAACUGCGACUCCGCCUUCGUGUUCGACCUCGAGGGCGUGCAGCUCGACGGCAACUCCCUUCGCGAUCUGAUCUACCGGGAGGUGCUGCAAUACCACCCCAACCACGUGUUUGCGCAGAACGGCGGGCACGCCGAGCAGAACGCGUAG